GUUUAGAGCCCAGAUUCUUACUUCAUGGAUGUGAAAUGUCCAGGUUGCUACAAGAUUACUACAGUUUUCAGCCAUGCUCAGACAUUGGUUCUUUGUGUAGGUUGUUCAACAGAGCUGUGCCAGCCCACAGGAGGAAAAGCCAGGCUCACAGAAGGCUGUUCGUUUAGAAGAAAGCAACACUAAUCAUCUAUACACGUUCCUGAGUUUGUGUUUUUCACAGAAAGCCUUAUCAAGUUCAGUGACUCUACCAAGACAAUGU